UGACUGAGCUAUGCGUUCGCCAGGUAAAUAAAUUUUAUUGAUAAAACUUCGAAUUCCUGUGUCCCUAUGGGCCAUCACUGACACUCGAAUUGCUUAGGUAGAAGUAUAAAGCCAAUUAAUUUCAUAUCAGGUAUAAUCAGUUGGGAAUAGGCGCAGGCAUAGAAAUAAAAUAGGGUGAAUAAAUCUGAGUUGAUCAGCGCGCGCUAACUCACUCUGGCUGAGAACAUCGAGUGCGACCUCUAGUGGGAAGUGUGGCGAUUAAAGAUGGCGGCAUGUAUGACAGAAGGUCCACAGAAAAAUGGAAAACAUGUGGAAAUUGCAAUUGCAGACGACUCCUCCGAGAGUGAAACAGAACCAGAACCGGCCAAGCGGUUUCAUCGACGUAUAUCUACAAACAGAGAGAUUAAAUCCUCCGUAAGUUACAAAAUUUUCAAGUCGGCGUCUGUCGUGAUUUUUUUUUUUGAUGUUGACAGAUGCUUGUGACACUUGUGCUAAUUGAUGGCGUGUGAUAAAGCGAGACUAGGUUUUCUCUUUCUCUUCUUCUUAAAUUUUUACAGUGUGUUUUACUUGUUAAAUUUUUGUUCGAUACAGAAAAACAAGCAAAAAGAUUUCCAAAAAGUUCCAUUUAAAAACAGCGACUUAUUAAAAGAUGUUUUUAACUGCAUAAUUCUUCUUAGUAACGUUGAUAUGAGAGAGAAACAAUAGACUUUCACAAUUUGUUGCGAAUCACAAAACACCAAAAGUAGGAAUUAUUUGUUUCACAGAAUGAAUGGUUUUAGUGCUUUCCAAAAUAUUCAUUGCUAUUUAAUGCAAAAUUUUGUGAUCCAAGUAGUAGGACAGAAACAGCACAUAUUUUUACUCCUGAUCAUAAUUUGAAAUUAGGUUAUUUAAUUCUUAGCUAGAACUGCAGGUUUCUUAAAAUUUUGCAUACGUUAAUAUUGGAGCAUAAAAUCAUUCUAUGAUCACUGAAUAACAGAUUCACUAAAUUUUGUGACUGAAUAGAAUGUUAUUUAAAUGAGACAACUGCAUAAAGUGUAUCUAUAGGAAUGUACUAGUCCGAAUGUAUCAUUUUAAGUAAAUACACAAGGAUAAAAAACUUUUUAAAAUGAAUUCAAUGAUGUGUUGGCUAUUAAUAGAGGAAUAUUUUGUUGACUGCCCAAAUUAUUUAGAUCAGUUGGUUAGAGUAAUAACUGUGAUGCUGGAAUGGUUUUUAUAAGAAAAACAUCAUGCAUCGUGGUGUACUAAGCCUUAAAAUGAUUUCUUUUCAGUUUGAUUAAAUUCCUAGUUUUAAUCAAUUUCUAAUUUAAUUUUGCCCAUCAGUAAUUUCAGUUUAUAUUUUCUGAUAUAUAUAUAUCUAUCUAUUAUUUGCAAUCUGAAAACUUAAAAAAAAAUCAUGCUUUAUUGCAACAUGCAUGAAUGGUUAUUAUUUUGUAUGUCACUGUAUGAAUAAUUAGAUUUUUAUCUAUAUUUCUGAUAUGAAAAAUAUUUCUUUUCCUCUCAUUUGUGAAAUAUUGCGUGUCACCCUCUUUUAUUUGAUUUUAUGUGUAAUCACUUGCAUGGUUAUAUAUUUUGUUGCCCUGCAUGCUGUCUUUCAGGUCCUUGAUGCCGAAGUAAUGGUAUGUACACUUUCUCUUUCUGCAUAGUCCUUGUUUCUCUUGGUUUGCUUCACUAACACCACAGAUUAGCAUUAGGCCAAAAAAAUAUAUGUUGGUUUCCACUUUCCCGACUGACCCUAAAAAUUUUUGCCGACCCUAACACAUUUUUCCCAUUCUCACAGAUUUUGUGAAUGUCAUCACUAUGACAAGAGUAUAUUUAUUGACUUAUCAAGUUAUUUAUUCUACACUAAUGCUAGACAGAUUCAAAAACACUGAAACAGUUUUUUGUUUACAAUACAGUGGAAGAAAUGUUUUGAUUCAUCAUAUAACUUUUAUUUGAUUACUAGAUAAUUACUAUAUUUUAUGCAUAGUAGAAUACUAAAUCAUUAAAAAAUAAUUCAACCUAUAAAAAAAAAAAAGGAAAAAAAACUACCUACCUACUUACCAAUCCUUAAAAAUUUUGAGGUGAAAGUGAAAACCAACGUGUUUUUUUGGCCUUACAGUGCUAUGGAGGUGGGAAAAAUUAAGACUAAUCACUAAUUUUAGGUAUUGAAAAUAAUUGAUAGGAUUGUUUUUGUCAUCAGGUGGAGUGCUCUAUAAAUAUUUUGUGUGCAUUAAUUGAGGAAACUCAGUUUGUCAACUCUAGCUUUAUUUCCCUAUUCUAUUCAUAAUACAAUAAUACUUGUAUGUAUCUACUUGAGAUUUAUGGAAUUUAGUGUUAAAUUUGGUGCACAGUAUAGAAUUAACCAUGUACAGGACAAUUUUGAAAUCAUUUGCAUUACAUAGUGUCCGUUCACAGUUUGUCUGACUCUAAAUGCAAUUCAUGACUUUCCUUUCAGUGAAGUUCUAUGUGUAGCAGGCAGAGAAAAUGACUGUAAAUUAGCAUUAUUAUCUUCUAUAUACAACACUAAGGAUGAGCGGAGUGGAUCAGUCUAAUGGAGUUUGAUGAUCCUUUUUAGGCAAAUAGCGGUUAUUUUGUGAUAAUGUUUGGUUUUCCACAGGUGUUGGCUCAGGCCUUAUGAAAUUUUUAUAGUUAGCUUUUCGCUGUGUAUGAAUACUGUGCAUUUCCAAUACUCCUUUAUCCCAGUGUGUGUUCAAGUGCAUUUGGAAUCAAUAAAUAUCAUGGUUAUAUACACACUGACAGCGCCCUUUUGGUUCUGUAUAGGAAGGACAUCAAAUGCAGGCCUAGGGAUUGUUACUAAGUUCCGUCUGUGCUGGUUUGACGAGAAUUCUCAGUGGGAGAGGCAGAACUUACUAGACAAUCCAUGUACAGUACUCACUUCCAGCAUAAAACUUAGAAUGACCUCAGACACUGUAUAGAUUAUAUGUUACACAGUUUAAGCUUUUGUAGAUUUUUAUACAUUAUAUUAGUUGGAUGUAUGCCCAUCCCAAAUUUGAUAUGACAACAUGAAAGGUCAGAUUGUGUUUUACGCAAGACAGUAUGUAUAGUCACAAUGUUACAAAACCCAUUGAAGUUUGUACUAAAACUGAUCACUUCCUGGUUCUGCUAACACGUACAAGGCACCGUUUUGUAAAUGACUUUGGGAACCUGCCUCGUGUACGUAUUGCAGCAGGAAGGAUCAGUGCAAAAACAAAAGAUUGAAGGCAUGCACCAAAGAAGGUCAUUUAAUGAAACAGACAAAUUUCCAGAGGUGGAAAAGAAGAUACUUUAAAUUGAAAGGAAGAAAACUUUAUUAUGCAAAAGAUACCAAGUCGGUCAUCUUUGAUGAAAUAGAACUCACAGAUCUCAGUGUAGCAGAAUGCAGUACUAAAAAUAUCAACCACAGCUUUCAGGUUAUAACCCCAUUUAGGAACCUAGUUUUGUGUGCAGACUCUAGACGAGAAAUGGAGGAGUGGAUCUCGGCUCUCAAAACCGCCACAAACAGAGAAUUUUAUGAUGGGAAUGCCAGUCAACGGGAAAUGAUGUCUGGCCAGCACAACUGGUAUGCCUGUUCGCACGCUCGCCCCACUUAUUGCAAUGUAUGUCGAGAAGCACUCUCAGGAGUUACUUCUCAUGGACUCUCUUGUGAGGUAUGCAAGUUCAAAGCCCACAAACGAUGUGCUGUGAAAGCGCAGUCCAACUGUAAGUGGACAACACUGGCUGCCAUAGGACAAGACAUUCUGGAGGACGAGGAUGGCCUAAUCUCAAUGCCACACCAAUGGUUAGAGGGCAACCUUCCCGUCAGUGCUAAAUGUUACGUGUGUGACAAAACGUGUGGUAGUGUGCUCAAGUUACAGGACUGGAGAUGUCUCUGGUGUAAAACAAUGGUUCAUACCAGCUGUAAGGACCAAAUAUCCCGUGUUUGUCCACUGGGCCAGUGUAAGCUGUCCAUCCUGCCACCCACCGCCAUCAACAAUAUAGACUCUGAUGGUUAUUGGGAGGCCACACGACCUCCAAGGACCAGUCCACUGCUCGUGUUCGUCAACACUAAGUCAGGAGACAAUCAGGGAGUAAAAUUUUUACGUCGGUUCAAGCAACUUUUAAAUCCAGCUCAGGUGUUCGAUUUGAUGAAUGGGGGACCGCAUCCAGGGCUGCGGCUGUUUCAGAGGUUUGACCAGUUCCGGAUACUGGUGUGUGGUGGAGACGGAAGUGUGGGCUGGGUCCUUUCAGAAAUCGACAAACUUGAUCUCCAUAAACAGUGUCAGAUGGGAGUGCUGCCCUUCGGAACAGGAAAUGACCUAGCUCGUGUUCUGGGCUGGGGAUCUACAUUUGAUGCUGAUACACAGCUGCCUGUGAUAUUAGAAAAAUUAGAACAUUCUCAGAUUAAAAUGUUAGAUAGAUGGAGCAUAUGGACUUACGAAGGAACAAUGCCUCCCCCUCGUAAACUUUCACAACAGUUUGAUCCAAUAUCUGUGUAUGAAGAUUCUGUGGCCAAUCACCUCUCCAAAAUGUUACAUUCCGAGGACCAUUCUGUUGUGAUCUCUUCUGCAAAGGUGUUGUGUCAGACUGUGAAAGAUUUCGUCGCCAAAGUGGGAGAGGCACAUGAGAAGGAGGGUCAAAAGGACUCUGACAUAGCUUUAAAGUGUAAUGUAUUGAAUGAGAAGUUGGAGAGUUUACUGGGAACCCUUAACGAAGAAGCUCAAGCCUCUUCUCCAUCUCAGGAAUCAGCAAGAUCUCCAUCCUCUUCAGAACAAGAUUCAAGCAAUCAAGACAGAGACACCGUCCCGGGGGUCAUUACCGCCCCCACCAAAACUAAAUCCGCCAUAUUCAAACCUAGAGAUGCCCUAAUGUCCAGAGCGAACAGUCUGAAAAAAGCAAUUCGCCAAAUCAUAGAACACACCGAGAGAGCUGUUGAUGAACAAAAUGCACAAACCAAGGAACAGUUAGAAAGGCUGAAGGAGUCUCCGCUGUAUAAAGCCGACAGCUCCGAAUUACUGGACGUAACACAAUCCGCUUCACGGCGCGGUCUACAGGCUGACUCGGAAACCUCUCGGUCCGCCCCCACAUUUUCCAUAUUCACUCUGGAGGCAGCUCCGAAAACUCCUCUAUCUAGUCCGAGGAGCAUUGUAAAGCAACAUUGUUUUCCCAAUGCUGCCACAGUAAACAUGGAUUCCAAUCUGAAUGUGAAGGAGCUGGAUUCCGGAGCUUCCCGGAGAAUUAGUAGUAUGAGCAUGCUCAAUAAAACAGCCAGUGCAGGGUCCAUACUCGGACGAGACAAAAGUCCAUCGAAGGAACAAAGUGCACCAUUGUUUGGAGUUCCCUUCCAUACCGUCCUACCAGGUUUAAACAGUAACAUCGCGGGUAAGCUGGCUGGAGGGAGUUUUAUCAGUAAAGUUCUGCUGGCUAAUGCUGAUGCCCUAUGUGCUGCAGCCUCUCCACUGGUGGAGGACGACAUUCCAGCAUCUGAAUAUACGGAACGUUGUGUAAUGAACAAUUAUUUUGGGAUUGGGUUGGAUGCCAAGAUCACGUUAGAUUUUCAGAACAAAAGAGAAGAACACCCAGAGAAAUGCAGGAGUCGAACAAAGAACUUUAUGUGGUAUGGUGUGUUAGGGGGGAAAGAGCUGGUUCAAAGGUCAUUUAAGAAUCUGGAUCAGCGAGUUCAGUUAGAAUGUGACGGACAACGUAUUCCAUUACCCAGUCUGCAGGGGAUCGUUAUCCUCAAUAUUCCAAGCUACAUGGGAGGAGCAAACUUUUGGGGUGGAAAAAAGGAAGAUGAUACAUUUCAAGCCCCCAGCUUUGAUGACAAGAUUUUGGAGGUGGUGGCUGUAUUUGGUAGUGUGCAGAUGGCCAUGUCUCGUGUGAUAGACAUCCAGCACCACAGAAUAGCACAGUGUCGCCGUGUAAAGAUCACCAUCAUGGGUGAUGAGUCGGUGCCGGCCCAGGUGGACGGAGAGGCGUGGAUGCAGCCUCCAGGGUACAUACACAUCGUCCACAAAAACCGGGCUCAGAUGUUGACCAGGGACAGAGUGUUUGAGAAUACACUGAAGUCGUGGUCAGAGAAACAAAAGGAGAUUGAGCGAUCUGUCAGUCCCCAACCGACGUCACUCUCUGAGGAAGAAUCCCUAGUUUUACAAAACUUUGUGGAGGUGGCAUCAGCACUCAUCAAGUGUGUGAAGAUAGCUUCCUUGAACUACAGCGCUGUGGAGCAGGAGUUAUUCCCCCUUGCCACUCAAGCCUCUGAGUACAUGGACCGUUUGUUUCCAGCAGGAAAGUUGGCUGAGCUUCAUCACAGACCAAUCAAAUUCAAAUCAAAAGCAAAACCUACCUUGAGGAGCCAGGUGAUAGACUUUGUCCGCAGUGUCCAGCACCUGAACCAUGACACCAACCUCUUCCUGACGGACAAAGCUGCUGUCGUGAGGCUGUCACCUGAUAUAUCAGAGCGUCUGAAUGUUUCACUGUCCCAUCUAGAAUUAGAACUGCAGAAAAUUUGUCAGGUGUGUGGGAUUAACUCGACAUUCCAGUACGACCCCUCCCAGAUCGCACACUCACAUGACGAGUUGAUUCCGUUGGAACAAAAGAGAAAACCAGGAAAGUUACGACAGGUGUACAGCAAGUUAAAGGGGAGGAGCAAGGACAAGCAUUACAUUCCACUGUCAUAUAAUGUCUACAACUGGACACCAGAGGAUGUGGGUCAGUGGCUGGAAUCACGAUCUCUUGCUGAGUAUAAAGACUCGUUCAUUCGGAAUGAGAUUCGUGGCACGGAGCUGCUGACUUUGGAUAAGGGAGAUCUGCAGGAUCUUGGAGUAACAAAGGUUGGACAUUUGAAACGAAUUCAGCAGGGAAUCAAGGAACUCAACAGCCGCAUGACUGCUUAUGACAAAUCACUGGUAUUCGACAAGAAUUCCUCCUGACACCAUUACUGUUCAUAGAGAAGGAGAACCUAUUUCUUACACUUAGCUUUUUUUAAAAAUUGUAUUGAGUAUCCUUGUAUAUUGCAACUUCUACUUUUUCAAAUUUCACAUGCAAUGACAUCUGGUCUCAACUGAGGAAGAUAUGUCGACGAAUCAGGGUAUAUGAAAGGACAGUGGUAGCUUUGUUUCUUAGUUAACAGCCUGAAAAUGUAAUACCAAAGAGGAUUGAUCAUAGUGCUGGUCUGGAGAUAGUUUGACGUGCUUGUUAUUGGUGCUUAAGACAUCAAAGUUUUAACACAAAGUUUAUAGUUAGCCUUCCCGUAACAAAGCACGUUGUAUGCUGUCUAUUUUGGAUCAAUCUUGAUCAUGAAGGAUAAUCUUUAAUUCUUGUUGCCAUAAACUCUUUUCUUCAAUGUGACUUUGUUUCUUACAAUAAUCUUACUUGAUAUGUAGAUUAACCCUUCGAGCAUUAAGUUGGAACAAGUUGUCUCCCUUUGUAGAGAAGCUUUGGGGGCAGGCCUCCAUACUUGUGUUAUAACUAUUUACAUAUAUCUUGCCUAAGUCUUUCCAAUUGUCCACAACCAUUGUGUAAUACCUCUGUAGUGUGUAUGGGAUACUGUAUCUGUUGUUGGUCAGUCCACAGUCUGCUAGCUAGCUGCUAAUGUGUAGCUGUUAGCUAGCUGCUAGCGAGUCUUUAAUAUGUAGCUGUUAGCUAGCUGCUAGCGAGUCAUAUGUAGUUGUUAGCUAGCUGCUAGCGAGUCAUGUAGCUGUUAGCUAGCAAGUCAUUAAUGUGUAGCUGUUAGCUAGCUGCUAGCGAGUCAUUAAUGUGUAGCUGUUAGUGAGGUAUCAAAACCAGGUAUCAGAAAAUGCGAGUUUCCAAUUUACAGAAAUCAUUCUCUCGGUGUAAAAUUUCCCUGCCAUCCAUGAAGAAGUUGAUGUCUGCCCUUUGAAUCCUGGUUUAGAAAUUGAGUUGACAACAACAGAUGCAUUAUAUUUGUCUAUUUUUACAUUUUUAUAUGUAAUAAGUGUUUUUCCUUGUUAUUUAUAAAUCAUGUCUGCAGAUCAGUAAUGAUGUUGAUAUAUUUUGUACCUUGAGAAAAAGUUUUUGUACCUUUUAUAUAUUUCAUGUUGUAAUGACAUGCACCAGUUCACGUUCCUAUGACAACCAUAGAUCUUCCAUGCAUUGUAGACUUGUUUUUUUUUUUUUUUGAGUUCUUCCAUCUUAUAUUUCCAGUAAGAAGCGUUCUUUUUGUGUAAGGCUGUGUGUUACGUCCGUGAUGUUACUCACUGCGACAUGUCUGUUGUCGUGUUCAAUAAUGUGAAUCAUAUGAUGUUACUCACUGCGACAUGUCUGUUGUCGUGUUCAAUAAUGUGAAUCAUAUGAUAUUAUUCAAUGCGGCAUGUCUGUUGUGUUUAAUAAUGUGAAUCAUGAUAUUAUUCACUGCGACAUGUCUGUUGUGUUUAAUAAUGUGAAUCAUAUGAUGUUAUUCACUGCGACAUGUCUGUUGUGUUUAAUAAUGUGAAUCAUAUGAUGUUAUUCACUGCGACAUGUCUGUUGUCGUGUUUAAUAAUGUGAAUCAUAUGAUGUUAUUCACUGCGACAUGUCUGUUGUCGUGUUUAAUAAUGUGAAUCAUAUGAUGUUAUUCAAUGCGGCAUGUCUGUUGUGUUUAAUAAUGUGAAUCAUGAUAUUAUUCACUGCGACAUGUCUGUUGUGUUUAAUAAUGUGAAUCAUAUGAUGUUAUUCACUGCGACAUGUCUGUUGUGUUUAAUAAUGUGAAUCAUAUGAUGUUAUUCACUGCGACAUGUCUGCUGUCGUGUUUAAUAAUGUGAAUCAUAUAUUGUAGAGGCCUUUCUACCCAAUUCAUCAUUUCUCAUCAACGUUCACUUAAAGCAUGACUAAUGAACACAACUAUAGGGAAGAAAUAUUGGAUAUAUCGCAGCUUUCUCCGCAUUUAAAGUUUCCAUCGGCAAAAACUAAGUAUACAGGUUGUACUUUUUUUUUCACUGGAGUGGGUGAAACCAAAUCAUUACUCUAAACUUGGGUAUACUGAACAUAGGACCUUAAGAUUUUUUUAUUAUGCUCGCAGGGACAAAAUUAACUAGAGAUUCAUGUCCAUCCAGAAAUGAAAUUAAAGCACAAAAUGAAUUUUUUUUCUUUCAAAAUUACAUUGAGGUUUUCAAAUAUUUUAAACUUAAAAAAUAGACAUUUACCAGGGGAACAUCCAAUUUUUCUUCAUUCGCCUCAAUUCCAUUACUCCACACGAUUUAUUGCAUUGUAUAAAAUCCAAACCACAAUUAUGAAUUAGAAGGCAUUUUAAGAUGGAAAUAAUGUUGAUUUAGGAGACAUUUUAACAAAUAAUAUUGAUUUAGGAGACAUUUUAACAUGGAAAUAAUGUUGAUUUAGGAGACAUUUUAACAAAUAAUAUUGAUUUAGGAGACAUUUUAACAUGGAAAUAUGUUGAUUUAGGAGACAUUUUAACAUGGAAAUAAUGUUGAUUUAGGAGACAUUUUAACAUGGAAAUAAUGUUGAUUUAGGAGACAUUUAAACUUGGAAAUAAUGUUGAUUUGGGAGACAUUUUAGCAUGGAAAUAUGUUGAUUUAGGAGGCAUUUUAACAUGGAAAUAAUGUUGGUACGUGCAUUAUCUCCUGGGUGCAUUACUCAAUUUGGUGACAUGAUACGUGUGCACAUGGAGUGCACGAGUGAAACUUAUUAAGAGUUGUUACACGCUGAGUAAAUGGCAAACAUUGUUAACCACUUUUAUCUAUGGACACGCUGUGUUUGUUAAAUCCGUCUGAGAUACGACCUUUCUAACAGCGAGACAAUUUUCUUUUAUUGUCCUGUCCAGUAUCAACGAACAUUUUUUCUGAUUUUCUUUGUAUGUGUUUCUUGUGUGUGUUUAUUGUACAGCUAUUGAACGCUUGAUGAUUAUUUUUUUUUUGGACAUUAAUUAUAACUUGUAAAUUGAACCAGUACAUGUAUUAGAGAUUUUUUCCGAGUUGUGUGAGCCAAUUUAUAUUCAGUACAGUUACUAUUGGACUUGUAGAAAUACUUGUAUGUAGGUUUACACCACGUCUUACAACACUUCAGAAGCUGGGCAAAUCCAAAGUGAUUUUAAAGAUCAGAGUGCUUUGCAGUCUUGUAAACUAGAAUUUCAAAUUUAGCUUUUGGGGGGGAAAUGUAAUUCCUAUUUGUUAUAAAUCAUAAACCACUUAAUCCAGUAAUGAAGAGAUCUAUUGGUUUGUAAAAUUUUACAUCAUAGCAGUCACAAGGGGAAUAACACGGUUGACCUUUGUUUAAAGUGAAGAGGUCACAAUUUCGGAAAUGUCAGCGGUUUAUUCCUUGUCCUUUUACAUAUUGUUGUCUACAUGUGUCUGGUUGGCCCAGUGGAUUAAGGCUAUAAAUCUCAAGUUCAAGUCUCCUAGGGGUCUUUAUGUAAUAUAAAUUUUCCUCUAGAUAAGAUUUAUUUUUAAGAUUUUGAAUACCGUAACAUUUUACUUGACACUCAUUUGAAAUUGACUUCUGUUGUACAUACACUUCCAGACAGACUCCACAUCGGACUGUCCGAUGUUACCUUAAAAUAAAACUCCAGUCUUCGGCGACAAUCCUUCAGUCGUUUAUUUACUAAUGUGCUACAUAAAUGAUGUAUGUUUGCUUAUCUGUUAUAAAUGUUUUAGGAUUCAAAUUUUGUUUUUAAUUUUUAAAAUCAUUCCUGUUAUUUAUAAAGCCAUACCUCUUUCAUAUUGUUGUUUGGAUGAUCUAAAGGAAGAUUGACCAAUCAGAAUAUUUAUAUUUAUUUCAGAACUCAAUGUCAUAUUGUCAUGUUUCAUUUGUUGUGAACUUGAAUAAAUUUGUAUAAAAGAA